UUCUGUGGGUCUGUGUUAAUUUAAUCUCAGAUCAGACACAUUCUGUGCCUCACAUACAAUUUUUUUUUAUUAAACAACAAAAACAAAAAUUAAAAUCUAAAACCAGAGCAGCAUUAGAAAACCGCAUAGAAAAAAUGGGAGAUCGAUAUAAUAUUCAUAGCCAGUUAGAGCAUUUGCAGUCCAAAUACAUUGGUACAGGUCAUGCUGACACUACCAAAUACGAGUGGCUAGUAAAUCAACAUAGAGAUAGUUUUUCUAGUUAUCUGGGUCAUCCAGACCUAAUAAAUUAUAUUGCUAUAUGUGAAAAUGAAGCCAAAGCAAGAGUGAAAUUUAACUUGAUGGAGAAAAUGUUACAACCUUGUGGACCACCGCCAGAUAAGCCUGAAGAUUAAUUAGAUUAAAAUUGACGACCAUUUUUUCCUAAACAUUUUAAUUUUUCUUUAAAUAAAUCUGAUUUUUUCUUAAAA